GGCGGCGCCGCGGCGGCUGCUGCUGGUGCCGGGGCGGCGGGACACAAUGGGCGGCAGCGGCGGGGCGGCGGGUCGCUGAGGGGUCCCGCCGUCCUCCCUCAGGCCAUGGCUGCCACGGCCGAGCUCUUCGAGGAGCCUUUUGUGGCAGAUGAAUACAUUGAACGCCUGGCAUGGAGAACACCUGGAGGAGGUUCCAGAGGUGGAGAAGCUUUUGAUCCGAAAAGAUUAUUGGAAGAAUUUGUAAAUCAUAUCCAAGAAUUACAGGUAAUGGAUGAAAGGAUUCAGAGAAAGGUGGAGAAACUAGAACAGCAAUGCCAGAAGGAAGCAAAGGAAUUUGCCAAGAAAGUACAAGAGCUGCAGAAAAGCAACCAGGUUGCCUUCCAACAUUUCCAAGAACUAGAUGAGCACAUCAGCUAUGUAGCAACUAAGGUCUGUCACCUUGGCGACCAACUGGAGGGGGUAAACACGCCACGGCAACGGGCUGUGGAGGCUCAGAAGCUGAUGAAAUACUUUAAUGAGUUUCUGGAUGGAGAGCUGAAGUCUGAUGUUUUUACAAACUCUGAAAAGAUUAAAGAGGCAGCUGAUAUUAUUCAGAAACUGCAUUUGAUUGCACAGGAACUGCCUUUUGACAGGUUUUCUGAAGUAAAAUCAAAGAUAGCAAGUAAGUACCAUGAUUUAGAGUGCCAGCUAAUUCAGGAAUUUACCGGUGCACAGCGGAGAGGUGAAAUUUCCAGAAUGAGAGAAGUAGCAGCAGUUUUGCUUCAUUUUAAGGGCUAUUCCCAUUGCGUUGAUGUGUACAUAAAACAGUGUCAAGAGGGUGCAUUCCUGAGGAAUGACGUCUUUGAAGAUGCAGCCAUUCUCUGCCAGCGAGUGAAUAAGCAAGUUGGAGAAGUCUUUAGCAAUCCAGAGACUGUGCUAGCCAAACUCAUUCAAAAUAUCUUUGAAGUAAAACUUCAGAGUUAUGUAAAGGACCAGCUAGAAGAACACAGGAAAUCAGAUGCAGAACAGUAUCUUAAGAAUCUCUAUGAUCUAUAUACAAGAACUACUAAUCUGUCAAGCAAAUUGAUGGAAUUUAACUUGGGUACUGAUAAGCAGACUUUCUUGUCUAAGCUUAUCAAAUCCAUUUUCAUUUCCUACUUGGAGAAUUACAUUGAGGUGGAAAUCGGUUAUUUGAAAAGUAGGAGUGCUAUGAUUCUGCAACGCUAUUAUGAUUCCAAAAACCACCAGAAGAGGUCCAUUGGCACUGGAGGUAUUCAAGACCUCAAAGAGAGAAUAAGGCAACGUACAAAUUUACCAUUGGGGCCAAGUAUUGACACACACGGAGAAACUUUUCUGUCACAAGAAGUGGUGGUUAACCUUUUGCAAGAAACUAAGCAAGCUUUUGAAAGGUGUCACAGGCUCUCUGAUCCAUCGGACUUACCGAAGAACGCUUUCAGAAUUUUUUCUAUGCUUGUAGAGUUCUUAUGUACUGAACACAUCGAUUAUGCAUUAGAAACAGGCCUUGCUGGCAUUCCCUCUUCUGAUUCAAAGAACGCAAAUCUCUAUUUCUUGGAUGUUGUCCACCAGGCCAAUACUAUUUUCCAUUUAUUUGACAAGCAGUUCAAUGAUCAUCUGAUGCCAUUGAUCAGUUCUUCUCCUAAAUUAUCUGAAUGCCUGCAGAAGAAAAAGGAUAUCAUAGAACAAAUGGAAGUGAAGCUGGAUAUGGGCAUUGAUAGGACACUGAAUUGUAUGAUUGGACAGAUGAAGCACAUCUUGGCUGCAGAGCAAAAGAAGACAGAUUUUAAACCAGAAGAUGAAAACAAUGUUUUGAUUCAGUAUACCAAUGCUUGUGUUAAAGUCUGUGGCUAUGUUAGAAAGCAGGUGGAAAAGAUUAGAAAUUCUAUGGAUGGUAAGAAUGUGGACACAGUUUUGAUGGAGCUUGGAGUUCGUUUUCAUCGACUUAUCUAUGAGCACCUGCAGCAAUAUUCCUACAGUUGCAUGGGAGGCAUGUUAGCCAUUUGUGAUGUUGCUGAAUAUCGGAAGUGUGCCAAAGACUUCAAGAUUGCGCUGGUGUUACAACUCUUUGAUACCUUGCAUGCACUUUGCAAUCUUCUGGUUGUAGCCCCGGAUAAUUUAAAGCAAGUUUGCUCAGGAGAACAACUUGCUAAUCUGGACAAAAACAUCCUUCACUCCUUUGUUCAGCUGCGUGUUGAUUAUAGGUCUGCUCGUCUCGCUCGUCACUUCAGCUGAGAGCAUGGAAAGAAAAUUUGUACCUUUGGGCAGGCCUCGGUUGUUAGAAAGCACAGGGAAUGAUUUCUUACCAAACCACAGUUGUAACUUUUGUGGGAUAAUGACUGUUCAGAAUAAAGCAGCAGCCAUAUUUAAACAUGACUAUGUAGAAGGUGAGCAGGUAAAAAUCUGGAUAAUAUUUCAUAUAAGCUAAAAUUCUCCCAGUGAAGAAUUUUGCAAAUCUACUUGCUACUGAUUUUUUUUAUUGGCAACAUGUCAGUGUAGGAAAGCAAGUGGUGCAUUGAAAGUCUUUUAGUCUUCAAUACUGAAUUAUCAGAUACCGUUUGUUAGACUUGAACUACAGAGCAUAGCAUAGGUAAUGGAUUACAUAGAAUAGACCAGUGUAAAAACAUUCUUCAUCAAUUUUAAUGACUUAGACUUCAGCACAGCUAAUCAUAAUCAAAUUAUCUUUGAUUGGUGUUUCUAAGUCAUUUCUUAUAUUUAAAAACGUUAUCCUGCUCAAUGUAAUUUCUUGCUCUAAUUAAUUAGCUUGGAAUUUCUUUGAGAUGUAGGAGUAAAAGCAACACUAUCCCAGAAAGAUGUAAUUUAUUCAUUGUGUAGCAUUCUAAACAGAACUAAAGUGUUGAAAAGUUUGAGGGUUUUUCUGGUUCUUUGGCUUUGGUUUUUUGUACUUAACAGUCUAGGGCCCACCAGAAUGUAUUGGCAUUGUAUGACCUGAUAUUACUGUUUGUUUGAUACCUGCACACUGAAUUUUAUAUAUGCUCCUAAAGUAAAUGCAGCUGCCUUGCCUAAGGCCACCUUAUUACAAGGUGAAGGUGCCCAUUGUGAGGUUAAUAUAAGAGAACUUUCUCCUGUCUCUUGUUUUGUAUGUAAAUAAAUUCAAAUUAUGAUGAAGUAAAAGGAUAAAAUGUAGCCCAGUUUUUCACGUGUGGGAAGAAUGGAUGGCAGCUCUAGCAGAAAUCUAGAGUUGAAAAUUCCUGUGCUGAAGAUAAUUGAUCCUCAGUGCCUGAGCAAUAUAAAAUGUUGAAGUGUGUGAAAGCUUUUCUUCCACUGAUUAUAAUUUUAAUAUCAGAGACCGGCUACUUUUGUGUCCAUUAUGCUGGAGCAUUUAUUCAGGGUGGUUCUGAGAUGAACCCAUAGUGUGCAUAGAGUGAAUUGAAGCAACAGUGAUGUUUGAAACACCGAACUUUUCCACAUCAUCCCUGAACAAAUCCCUGACUUACAUCAUCCCUGAACAAAUCAUCUGUAACAUUUUAUUUCUACUAUGGGCUCAGCGUAUGUUAUGGAAACUUCCUUCUCUCCCAUCUUCAGAGCAGCAUUUCUAUAAACUCACUUUAUGGAUUGGUCGAAUAAAAUUCUGUUCCUUUUUCGUUAAUUAAUUCCCAGAUGUAUUCACUAUUGACAGACUUGUAUGGAACUUCUCUUGGUUAGUUGAGGUUCUUCUGCUUCAUUUUAUAUUUAGCAGGGCAUUAUUUCAGUAAACAAGAGAACGGAUGCCAGACUGUCUCAGAGUAUUUGGGGAGACUGGCUGCUUUGAGCUGCGUAGCUCUAUUCCUUGGCCAUGGCAAAGCCACAAAGAGUUGUGGACACUGGAGGAGGCACAUGCUUGUACUGCUGCCAUUUUUUUUUUUUUUUUUAAAAAGCUCUGAUGUGAAUUCAGAUGAUACCUCUCUGUUACCUCUGUAACUGAAAGCCAACAAUCUUAAGGCUGUGGUUUUAUUAACCAAUACAAAAAUAUUUCUACAAAAAAGUGUCAAUUUGUAAACACUUCAGAACAGUGAACGUCAUCUUAAGAUCCCAGAUCCCAGAAGUGCUUCAGAGUUCAUUGUAUGAUUGACUUAUUUUAAGGUUGUAUGAAAUGUAUUUACCAUAUUUCUUGCUUUAUUAGCUGUGUUUUCCAUGCAUAUGCUCAGUGCAGUAUUUUCAGUAUGCGUGUUAACAGGAGGCAGCAAAAAGUAGGUGGAUACUUAAACUUAGAUAUGUAAACUCUUCCUCAAUAAAAAGAAUUCCCUCCAGA